GAUUCCUACAUCAUACUCAAACCAUCUUUACAAACAGUUCCAAGUCGAUUUAACAGGAAAUAUAUUUCGUCUAGGAUGUCUGACGGUGCCGCCAUCUGCCUAUUGGAGGAAUGUUACAAGGAAACAUGCUGCGAUACUACCGGCUGCAACUGUGAUGGAACAUGCCAAUGUCCAACGUGUGGAGUUAGAUGCUAUUGUUCUGGACCAUGUACUUGCGGCAUAGGGUGCACAGGAUUUUCCGAUUGCAAGUGUGCUGUUGGCGACUGUGGCUGCAGACCGACAAACUCCGCUAAAUCUUAGCCAGAUGAUCGUUGUCAUAAUUCACUGUUUACGUGUUGUUAUUCCGUCGUCUUGUGGACGGUGUUCGUGUUCUACUCAACAUUUCACUUCAUCGUAUGGACAUAUAAUGUCCUAUUAGAAAAAUUAUCAAAAUAGUAUUUCCGAAUACCCGGAAUUUGUUGUAAUUGUUUAAUUAGUUAUUAUAUAAUAAACAUAUAAUGUUUUGUAA